ACUCGUCGCAUCGAUUCUGCCGGAUGAAGAGUCCAGAUCGUGCUUCCCUACUUAUCAAACUCAAAGUCUUGUUGAUACUUGUUUAUCGAUAAGUAAUAAAUAGUUUAAUUUAGUUUUACUAAUUUAUUACAGCCCUGACUCGAAAUGUUUUCGUUCGAUUUGAUUCUGACUCAAUCAUACCUAGUGUAUGAAUAAAUUACAGCAGAAACUCAUAUCGACAUUACCUGACCGCGGAGCCGUUUUAGUAAAAGAAAUAUUUUGUUGAGUGUAAAAAAGUGAAUCGAAAGUGUUGAACGCGUCACCACAACAAACUUUUAUAAGUUGUAAGUAGUAGGUCAUUCUAGCGAUAUAUUUCCACGUAUUACCGCAAGCCACUGAUAAAAUCAAAGUUUAUAUAUAAGAACCGAGACUCGAAUUUUUCCGUCAGUCGUACAGUCAGAGUUUCAUAACCCAACGAUCCAGAAUAAAUUAUGAAGGCGAUUUUAAGAUUUUCACUUUGCUUCGUUUUGCUUCUUGGCUGUGAUUCUGCCAACUUUACUUCUCCCAGCAAUUUCAAGCUGGAAUUACUGCAAGUGUUAUUCAGACAUGGGGAUCGCACGGCUACAAAGACCGAAGUGUACAAAAAUGAUCCAUACAUACAGCACUACGAGGAUUUGGGCUACGGGGUCCUCACAAAGGUGGGAAUGGAACGUAUGUACAAAAUCGGCCAGAUGCUGAGAGAGCGCUACGAUAAUUUUCUGGGGGAUUACAAGGAUGGCCAAGUAUACGCUUACAGUAGCGACACCGGCCGCACGAAGCAGUCGCUCCAGCUGGUUCUCGCCGGACUCUAUCCUCCAUCGAAUGAAACGGCUUGGAGGACCGAAAUCAAAUGGACUCCGAUCCCUACAAACUACGACAAGGAGAAGUUCAACUUCCUCAGUUCCAUUGACGCCUGCACGACUUACCGGCCGAUGCAGGGACAAGUGGAAGAGUGGCCAGAGGUGAAGAAAAUGUUUGAAAAGCACAGCGAUUUCGUCAAAGAAAUCCGUAACAAGACUGGAGAAGUCUACAGCCCGACGUCAAGACUGUACAGACUGUACAACAACCUCAGAGCCGCUCUGAGCAUGGGCUUAUCCUUACCCGAUUGGUGCAGCAAAGAAGAUUACGAGAAGCUCGAAGAACUCGCGCACCUGUCCUACUUGGUCCUCACGCACACGCCAUUGAUGAGCAGAAUCGCCACGGGUCCGACGGUCGAGAAAUUUCUCGAGAACAUCGAGGAAAGUGGAAAGGGACUGGAUGGCAAAGCGGUAUACCUGUACAGUGGCCACGAUGUCAACAUAGCGCAGUUUUGCAACGCGCACAAUUUUACGGAAGUACCCAAGAUUCCGGAUUACGGCAGUGCUUUGAUCGUCGAGAAGCUCAGGGGCCCGGACAGUCAAGUUUACGUGAGGUUUAUCAUGUGGACGGGAGCAGGCGGCGAACUGCUGGUUCCGAUAAACGUGAAGGGCUGUGGUUACGAGUGUCCGGUUUCGCGGUACAAGUCACUGGUCGCAUCGAUUUUGCCGGAUGGAGAGUCUAGGUCGUGUUUUCCCACUUGUGAAACUUGAAGUGUUACACAGUGAAUAGGUAAACAUUACUCGUUAGUUCGGUUGUAGUACAAAAAGACGACGCAUCCGCAGUGUUUUACACUAUGACAAGUGUUUUAUUUUAUUAAAUGAAAAAAAGAAAAAGAUAAAUACAGAUUUCCCACGAAUCAAAAC